AUUGACACCUUAAAUCAUGCGGCUUGUUGAGGAGUGGUGUGCUUUUAUUUUUCUAAGCGAUCAGACUUUCACCUUGCGGGCGAUAAAGCGUGUGAAAAAAAUCCCAUAUCCCAUAAUACCACAUUGACGGAUGGACCUGGGACAUAUCUUGUUGUGGUUCACCAAAUCAGGUUUUUCAAUGGCUGAUACCAAUGCCAAUAUCUAGAGAGCAAGGUGGCCAAUAUAAGGACAAUUAUACAAUCUAAUGAUUGCAAAUGAGACAUUUACAGAAUUACUGAAAUUAAAUGAACACGUAUUUACUCAACCUUAUUAAAAUAGUUGAUAACAGAACAUCUAGAGGCUACAGGCUGUCUGUAGAUUUUAAAUGUACACAGGGUGAAACCAAAAUUUUUGUUAAUUGGGAGGGUUAUCAUCCGAUAAUUUCAAAAUGGCCAAAUAUCGGCCAAUUAAUUAAUUGGCCUGGCCAAUAUAUCGGGCUAUACUUAAUAUCUAGGGACUGAAACAUCAUAGAGAUUUAGGGAUAGGUUCUUUUGACUCUUUUGGUUGUGGUUGUUGCCAGUGACCAACCUCUUAGCAACCACCACAACCCCCAAGAUUUGUGGUGGCAGCUUUUAUACGGGCAAGCAAAACUCACAUUUUCUUCAGAAAAUCCAAAGAUCUCCCUCACUGAACACCCAAGAGUUUGUCUGAAUGAAGAAGCAUUGCAUUUAUUUUCUGUUAUUACUCAUGUUUGCAAGCUGAUGGUGAGUUUGAAGAGUGCAGAGAGUAGGAUUGUCUUUGCUUGUGGUCUGUAAAGAUCAGGUAUCCAGUGGCCCUGUAAAUUAAUCUCAUCCCUGUUUGCAUUGUUGCAUCGCACCUGGGGCUGCACUGCCAGCACAAAUGCUCCUUGUGCGGAUGUGCGAGUUUGUGCGUGUUUGCUGGAGGGUAUCAAAUAAUAUCCACACUGAAAGGUCAAACCAGAGCGCUGGUUUGUGCAAGAAUCACAAGGAUGACUAAAGGAAUUUCUAGGAACCUGGAUUCUAGUUUAUCCCUGUUAUAUAAGCCUUUUGAUUUCACCAGUAAAAUAAACCAGUUUCACCUGUUAUUAUCUUGCAUGGAAAAAACAAGGGUAUCAGCUUGUAAUAACUGUUUUUUAAGGCAUGCAAGUUUAAGAGAGAAUUGCCAGAAUAAAAAUUACAGUGUUGAUUUGAAAUAAAAAAUAAAUAAGAAUUUCAGAAUUCCUUGGUAUUUGGUGAAAACAUGCAUUCGAGCUCGCAUGGACUCCACAAGUUUGUGCAAAACGUGAUAGUCUAUGUUAUCCAGCAUGAUUUGAGAAUGUUCCAAAGAGUAUCUUGCAUGCUUCAAUGAAAGCAACAAAAUCUGACCUUUUUGUGCAAAGGAGUUAACAUGGUCAUUGUCACAAAUUUGCUUGUAUUUGAUUAGGAACCUGGAAAUAGUGCAUGAUAUUUAAAUUGUUUCUUCAUUUUAUGUAAAAACUUUUCUAAGUUUUAAAUUUUGGAAUAUCAUUAAAGUUUAUGAUUAUUUCCAAGUUUUAAUUAAAAUAAGAAAAUGCCAGAUUUUCAGUGUGGUUUCAGACUUUCGGACCCUGCUGUAUGUCUGGAGUCUGAACGCACAUGAACAAAAGACCUUGGCAUUGCAGCUCUAUGCUCUACUUUUUGAGCUACAGGAACACAGUUUUCUGGCUGAUUCCACCGAGCCCACACAAUCUGUCUCUGUAUGAGGACUGGGUGCUGUCAGGUAAACAGAGUGAUUUCUUUCUGGGUGAUCGUGCAGAUGGCUGCCAGAGAGUAGAGCUGAAACAGGGUUACACAUUCUUCAUCCCUUCAGGCUGGAUCCAUGCCGUCUACACUCCAGAGGACACCUUGGUGUUUGGCGGGAAUAUUCUGCACAGUUUUAACAUUCCCAUGCAGCUCACUGUCUAUGAGAUUGAGAACAGGACAAAGGUUCUCUCCAAAUUCCGCUACCCUUUCUUCUAUGAGAUGUGCUGGUAUGUGCUGGAGAGGUACGUGAACUGCUUGACCAGACGUUCGCACCUCAGCCUGCAGUUCCGCCGGGAGUCUGUUCACACUGCUGAACCCAAAUUUGUAACUGAGAGUUCUGUCCCUGAGCCCCGGCUGGACAUGGAGGAGGACUCAUGUGAGUCUCGGUUAGAGAGGACAGAGGCGACGACCCAGCCCUCCUCAAAUGUCCCACCUAAUCAGACCCUCAAACCCCAGGCCAAUGAUUCCGAAGACAGCUUAAAGUCCCUCCCUUCUGAAUGUCCCAAGACUCCAUCUGGCACAACUGGGAUGGAGCACACCGGAAAAUGGACCCACUUGACAGAGUUCGAGCUGAGUGGACUUAAGGCCCUGGUAGAGAAGCUGGAGUCCUUGCCAGAGACGAAGAGAUGUGUUCCAGAGGGCAUUGAUGACCCACAAGCCUUGCUAAAUGACAUGAAGGUUGUCUUGAAAGAACAUUCAGAUGACAAUCCCAAGUUGGCCAUCACCGGUUCACCUAUUGUAUGCUGGCCAAAGAAGACAGGCAAGCCACGGCCGAUUAAUCGGCCAAAACCCAAGAUGGGCUCAUCUCCAUCUGCCGGUGCAGGCCUGACAGCGGGAGGAGUGAAGCUCUCAUCCAGUCGUGGUUCAUCUAGUGCCCGGCGCAGACGGACGCGCUGCAGGAAGUGCGAGGCAUGUACACGCAAAGAGUGCGGGGAGUGCCACUUCUGCAAGGACAUGAAGAAGUUUGGAGGACCAGGCCGCAUGAAGCAGUCCUGUAUCAUGAGACAGUGUAUAGCGCCUGUUCUACCUCACACUGCUGUGUGUCUGGUCUGUGGAGAGGCUGGUAAAGAAGACACAGCAGAGAACGACGAGGACAAGUUCAACCUGAUGCUCAUGGAGUGCUCUGUCUGCAACGAGAUCGUCCAUCCAGCCUGCCUGAAGGAGAAGGAUGCUGGCGGUGUUGUGAAUGACGAGUUGCCAAAUUGCUGGGAGUGUCCAAAAUGCAAUCACGCUGGAAAGACAGGGAAAGCCACAAAGCAAAAAAGAGGCCCAGGGUUUAAGUACGCCUCCAAUCUCCCAGGCUCUCUGCUCAAAGAGCAGCGAUUCAACCGGGAUGUAAAGGAAGAGCCAGACUCAAACAUGUCUACCGAGUCCAACACCUCUACUGUGUCACCUGUCACAAAGAAGAAGACUGAACAAGACGAUAAUCCUACCUGUAAAUCACAGGACGCGUUAAAGAAACGCUCCCCAGGUGUCACUCCGGAAAGUCUACUGAAGCCCAAAUUGGAGGACAACCCACUCCGCAAGAAGAGGAAACUCUUUGACAAGGACUCAGACUCUGAUUCCAAUAUCAGGAAAAAGAGGAAGAGCUUAAAGCCUGAUGAUCUGGCAACCUCUAAGGUCCUGCGACAGAUCAAGACAGAAAGAGAAGAUGUUGAGGAGUAUGACGAGGAUAACAGACAAGAACUGGAGAGGAGACCCUUCAGUUUCAUGCCCUCAGAGGAGGAGGACGGAGAUGAUGAAAGGGAGGAGGAAGAUGAGGAGACAACAAAGGAAAAGAGUAGCGGAGAGAAGAAUGGGAAACUUACACCAAGCCAUUUGCACAGGACCCUAGCUGUACGGGAGAGUGACCAAUCACAGAGCAGUUCACCACAGGCAGGACCCAGCAGUGACUCAGGUGGUGAUGCACAGGUAAAGAGCCAACGAAAACCUAGACGUAAACCUCGCCUGCCUAACAAAGAACUGAGCAAAGAACUGAGUAAACAGCUCAACCAGGAGAUCCAGAAGACAGAGGAUCGGUUGGCCCAUCAGAAUGGCCGAACGGUGAAGAUUGAAGCGGGUAGUGAUGAAGAGGAGAGAAAACCGCUGAAUAAUGGCAGUAGCCAUCUGAGAGACUGGCUGGGGCCUAAGCGGGAACUAAACGGAUCCCUGCGAGAGCAGUCCCCAGUGAGCUGGAUCAGGACCACACCCACACCUGUCGUCCGGCCAACACCUUGUCGUUCUCCACCGAAAUGUGUUCAGAUGGAGCGCCAUGUUAUUCGCCCCCCUCCAAUCAGCCCCCCACCUGAUCGCCUGCCCCUGGAUGAUGGGAAGAACCACAUAAUACAGAGAGAGGUGUGGAUGGCAGUGUUCAGCUAUCUCACGCACCAAGACCUGUGUGUCUGCAUGCGGGUCUGCAAGACCUGGAACAGAUGGUGUUGUGAUAAAAGACUGUGGGCCAAGAUCGAUCUAAACCGCUGCAAGUCCAUCACUCCUCUCAUGCUGAGCGGCAUUAUCCGCAGACAGCCAGUCUCUCUGGACCUGAGCUGGACCAACAUCUCCAAGAAGCAGCUAAGCUGGCUAAUCAACAGAUUACCUGGUCUAAGGGUUCUGUUGCUGGCAGAGUGCUCUUGGGCUGCUGUAUCAGCUUUAUGCACGUCCAGCUGUCCUUUGCUACGGACUCUAGAUGUCCAGUGGGUAGAGGGACUGAAGGACAACCAGAUAAAAGACUUACUGUCCCCCCCGGCAGACAACAGGCCAGGCCAGUUGGACAGUAGGAGUAAACUAAGGAACGUGGAUGAUCUCUGUCUAGCUGGUCUGGACAUCACAGACACGUCCCUAAAGCUGAUAAUUAAACACAUGCCCUUACUGUCCCGAUUGGACCUUAGUUACUGUAACCACAUCAAUGACCAGAGUGUCAACAUCCUCACGGCAGCUGGCACCACGACCAGAGAUUCUCUCACACACAUCAAUCUGUCAGUUUGUAACAGAGUUACAGACCUGUCGCUGACCUACUUUAAGCGCUGCGGAAACAUUUGUCACAUCGACCUGCGAUACUGCAAGCAGGUGACCAAAGAGGGAUGUGAACGGUUCAUUGCAGAAAUGUCUGUCAGUGUGCAGUUCGGACUGAUCGAGGAAAAACUACUGAGCAAACUGAGCUAGUCAACAAAGACACUGACAAUAACUUGACCGAAAACCCAGGGAACUAACCAUUUCGCCCUCCAUUUUCUACAUCUUCUUCAACACAGGAUGUGUGAAGGCUAACACACUCGACAGAAACCAGCAAAUGAAAAAUGACUAAUUGCUAAAAAACUCUCCAAACCUGAAUCCACCGACGCCUGAGCUCACAGAUAAAGAAAUGUAUUAAUUUCUGGUGGCCAACUGAGCCUUUCACUUUUUUUUUUAUUUGCUAAUGUUGUGCUGCUACAGCAAACAUGAAAUUUUUACGUUUACAAAGGCACAGCUAGAAGAGCUUGCCGUCAUUAUUGUGACAUUGAAAGGCUGUUUACCCAUAACAUUUUGCAUAAUUUUUACACGUAUAAAAAAAUUAAGUGUCACAUAGUGCAGUGUUGCAGUGACGAAAAUGACUGUUAUAUUCUUUCUCGGAAAAGAAAAUUCAAAAUGCAUGUGCUUUUUUUUGUUACGAUGCAAACGUUAAGCGUCAUGCAGUAUUAAUUUUUGUAUCAGAAGGGAUUUCACACUUUAUGUGCAGUAUUAAUGCACUCAUAUAGAUUUUAUUGACAGUAUUCAGUCAGUACAAAGUUUUUUUUUUUCUACGCUGUAGGAAGUAAAGCAGAUUCCUAUCUAUACUAGCUGGUAACUGUGCAGAUGUUUUUGUAAUGUUAAUUUAAGAUGUGAUGUCCUCUAAAGUUAUAGUAAGAUGUCCUACAGGUACAUUCUCUUUUCCACAUGACUAUAUAACUUACCUUGGCUUCUUUAAUGUGUAUAUAUAUGGGAAAACGUAUUUGCACUGUUUGACCUUAAAUACAGCUAUUUUUUCCAGUA